UAAUUUACAGGGUGCGUUACCCUGAUAUUCUUUUGCUUUAGAAAAAAUAUGCUUGUACUCAACAGUUUUCGUCGGUUAAUCAACACUCAGUCGAUAUCAUUCAAACCAAGGAUUAGAAAAUUAUUUAUUCAAGUCCAAGAGACUCCCAAUCCUAACAGCUUAAAAUAUUUUCCUGGUAAACCUGUACUAGGUUCUGGUACUAGAGACUUUCCAUCUUGCACACAAUCCACGUCCUCCCCGUUGGCUAGACAGUUGUUUCGAAUCGAAGGGGUUGAACGAGUCUUCUUUGGUCCUGAUUUCAUCACGAUUACUAAGAAUGACGACUUUGAAUGGGCUGUAAUAAAACCUGAUGUAUAUGCAACUAUAAUGGAUUUCUACAGUUCUGGACAACCUGUUGUCAGUGAAGAAAAAGCACAAGACUUAAAUAAAACCUGUGAUGAAGAAGAUGAAACAGUAUUAAUGAUAAAAGAACUACUGGAUACUCGAAUAAGACCCACUGUUCAAGAAGACGGCGGUGAUAUUAUUUUCAAGGAUUUUAAAGAUGGUAUAGUGCGACUAAAACUACAAGGAUCUUGCUCAAGUUGUCCUAGUUCCGUAGUUACUUUGAAAAAUGGUGUACAGAAUAUGCUUCAGUUUUAUAUACCAGACGUAUUAGGCGUCGAACAAGUUGAAGAUGAAUUAGAUGCGGUAUCCAAAGAACAGUUCGACAAAUUAGAGCAGAACAUACAUAAUAAAGAGAAAAGUGAAUGAACAAGUCAGUGCGUAGAUUAAACGAUGGGAUAGUAUUUAUUGUACAUCGUCUGAUGUGAGUCACUUGUUAAUAUGAAAUAAUGUACAUACUCGAAUUCGCUAUAGUUUAAUCAAUAAAAUAUCAGUAAUAUAUCUUGA